AUGGCUGGGGUGGCAGUGCACUCAACUGCUGUGCUCUCGCUAUGCCUGCUGCUGGCACCCCAAGGUAUUGCUGGAUGGUCAGUCUUGGUUUUAGGCGGCACGGGCUUUCGGGGCCACUACACGACCGAGCGCUUGGUGCGUGAUGGCCACAACGUGACUGUCAUAAGCAGAGGAGCCAAGUACUGGGAUGUCUUUGACCGACUUGCGCCCUACGUGACCCACUGGAGAUGCAAUCGCACGCUGGCAAGAGAGCACGGCGGAGGAGUGCUUCGAAAGUCUUCUGGCUUGGUGAACUGCACGGACCUUUCGAAGUCGGAUGUCUUUUUCGAUGCCGUGGUGGAUUUCUCGACCCGCACUCUAGACGAAAUGAAGCAGGCCAUCGAGGUGUUUCGGGACCGAGUGGCUCUGUACGUUUUCAUUUCAUCACAUGCGGUUUACGACGUUGCCAAGAACAGAACUCACAGCGAGCCUGUCCUGUUUGAGUCAGAUGCCGAACGACCUGGACGCGAGAUAUCGCCACUGGAUCGAUGGAACCUAAAGGGAAGGAGCGCGCGCGGUGACAACGAGCUCGAGUGCGAAGAGGAGCUUCUGAAGCAGUACAACGCUGGUGGCUUUCCCUACGUGACCCUUCGACUGGGAAACGUUUUCGGGCCGAAGGAGAACAGCAUUCGCUACUGGCUGCUGCACCUUUGGGUCAAGGCUUGUGUUGCGCUGACACUACCUCUACAUGUGGACACCAGCCUUGUGAACACUCGCAUCAGCCUGACGUACACGCCGGACAUUGCAGAGGCGGUGUUGCGAUCGAUUUCCCGCGGCCUCAAUGAAACGUGCUGCUCAGAGAAGGUACACGGAGAGGCUUUCAAUUUAGCAUGCGAGGAGAUGCCAACGCAGCGCGAACUGUACAACUACAUUGGAGAGCCGGCAGGCAUGCCCUAUGUGGAGACGAUCGAGGUUUCCCGCAAUCAUUCUGUGGUGCUCUACCCGGACAACCUGGGUGGCCCAAUCAGCGUGACAAAGGCGCAGGAGGUCUUGCGUUGGUCUCCCACUGGGCUCAACAAGGCCCUCCGUUCGGUGGCUCGGUUCUACGAGCGAAUCAUGCUCGAGGGAAAGAAGCACAAGGGCCAGAUCGAGUUUAUGUACCGGAAGAUGAAAGCCAUGCUGGGAGAAGACGGGCCGCGCUUUGUGGAAUGGACGAGAGCGCAGUAUGCAGAGCGCCGAAAAACGGAGCUUUACGAUGAGCUGGACGAUGAGGAUGAGGAUGAAAUUGUCCUUGCCCGCAGCGACUCCAGGCGUCCUGGAAAAGGAGGGUGGGCCCCUGAAAUCUUUUGA